ACCAAACUUGAGUGACAUUUCUUGUUGGUGCAGAUAAUGACCCCAAAAGCUCGAUCAGACAUUCAUAUGAAUCUUCCAGCAUUGCAGAAGUUGGAUUGUAUGCUUCUUGAAACGCUGGACUCGAUGGUUGAUACCGAGUUUUGGUACGCGGAAGUGGGUAGCCGAGCAGAAGGAAGAAGCAGAAGUGCUGGCCAGAGCACGAGAUGGUGGCUUCCUUCUCCCCGGGUACCUACAGUCGGGCUCUCUGAGAAAGAGAGAAAGAGGUUGCUACAUCAUGGUAAAUUGCUUUAUCAAGUAUUCAAGGCUGCCAAAUCUAUCAACGAAAAUGUCUUGCUCGAAAUGCCAGUUCCUAACGAAAUCAAGGAUGCAUUACCAAAGUGUGGAAAGGCAAGCCUUGGUAUCGAACUCUACAAAAUAUUGACCGCAGAAUCACUUCCAGCCGAGGAUAUGAUCGGUUGCCUUAAUCUGAAAUCUGAACAUGAAGCUCUUGAAGUCAUUAACAGAUUGGAAACUGCAAAGCUUGCAUGGAAAGAGAAAAUUACUGAGCAAGAAAGUGGCAAAUCUCCAGUUCGAACAUCUUGGUCUUUUGUGAAAGAUCCAAUAUCGGAGCUGGAUAAGGUGGAGUCUUUAGUGAACAAAGCGGAAAUACUUCUGCUGCUGCUAAAGACCAAGUAUCCCAAUCUUCCUCAAAGCUUCCUUGAUGUUACGAAAGUUCAAUAUGGAAAGGAUGUGGGGCAUUCGAUUCUGGAGGCUUACUCUCGAACUCUAGCUAACCUGUCAUUCAGAAUUCUCUCUCGGAUAGGAGAUAUUCUGCAAGAAGAUGUUGUGAGCAAUCCCAAUUCACCUGUGGCAAUUUCACACCUCAUUGGAGCUAGAAUUCCGGGGAUAUCAGAUAGUCCGAUGCUGGACCGUGUGAGGCACUCCCUUAUUCAUCAGUUGAAUGGUGUUGAUGGAAAAUCACGGGUUUCCCAUGAUACUGAUGCCUCUGAUAUUGAAACUCAGUUUUCUGAAGCUAAAAUAAGUAGUUCAGUGAAUGCAACACCAAGUCGAAGCCGAGUAUGGUGCAUUGGUCGAGAGGCUUGCCACAGUGUGUCUGCUCAAAAUUCCCCAUGACAAGGAGAUGUGCAGUUUCGGAUGGCAUCUUGUGUAAAUAAAUACCAUCUCCAUGUCAUACAGCAGCUUUUCUUAUAUCCGCAUCUUGAUAUGAAUAUGGCAGUGAUUUUCCUUCUGGAUAGCAAGAGUAAUAUUGAAUUAUAUUUAAACUUUAUCGAAGGAAAGUGUACCUUUAAUAUACAAUUUGAAUCUGCUUCAUGAUGUUUCUCCAA